AUGUCUGCACCAACAUGGGUGAUAGUGCCUGUAUCUACGAUCGGAUGCGGUAAACUGACCCUUUUCAGAGCCCUUACAGCGAUAUAUCCGCAAUUUUCACAUAUCGAGAAUGACAGGAUCGACAACAAGCGAAACUUUCUUCUGACGAUAUCGCAUGCUAUAUCCAACCACCCAGUGGUUCUUAUAGACCGCAACAACCACAUGGUAAGACACAGAAAGGAGCUUUUUGACAUACUAGGCCAGAAGGACGUGAACAUUCUUGUGGUGAACUUUGUCAAUCCCAAAACACCCCAUGCCAAAGUGAAGAGCAUAGUGCUAGAUAGACUCAGAGCCAGGGGUAAUAACCAUCCUAGUGUGGAUGGGCUGGACGAGCGGAUGCUCAGAAUGGUGGUUGGGCUGUUUUUCCGUGAUUUUAAGCCGUACAAUGCCCGUGAAGAGGACCCCGAGUCCAAGAACCAGAAACUAGAUCUUGAUAUGACAAAAGACAUCAAGUGGAACUUGAGCAAGUUGAUUAGGUUUUUUCACGAGAACUUGGGGCUUGAAGUGCCUAGCGGUGAGUUGCUAUCCAGGGAAGUUGAAGCCGUGAAGGAGUACCAGGUACCUGAAGAGGAGAAGCGCUUCAGAAAGCCGAGGAAAGGGUCUAAGAGAGAAGGGGGCCAGGGCAGAAAUGGACAGAAUAGGAAUAAUCGGGGUUCUAAGAAACCCAAGGUGCAUAAUGGAGGCGAGAAAAACGAGGUUUUGAAGACCACGGAUGAGGUGAAUACGGGGAACGGUGUUGAGGUUAAUGGUGAGGUGAAGAUGGACUGA